CUGUCUGUGUUUGCUGCGCGCCGAUUGGCGGCUCAGAAAAGGAGGCGUGGUUUCACCAUAACAAUGCAUUUCAAGGAACAUACACGCGCCAAGGAAUGUUUUCUGUCGCUGUGUCGUUAACGCUCUCGUUUCACACUUUUAACGGUGUCUCGUGCUCAGGUAAACGCUGCCGUCAACGGACAGGACGUUUUUGCGCUUUCCGAGGAAAACGGAUUCCCUAUGCAGCAGCUGGAAAGCGUUGUGUUAGCUGGUUAGCGUUAGCAGGCUAAUCGCAGCUCCGUCGGGGACAUUGUCGAAAAUCUGUAGAAGAAAACAGCAGUCUUCAGUUAACGUCAGUUUCUACCGAGUGAUGGUGGUUGGUUAGAGGCGGUUACACGCAGGGAUAACUUGACAGGACACGACGUUUCGGAGACUGAAACACCUGCCAUCCCCCCUUCUCACCGAGCAAGCAAACUAGCUAAGAAAGGUUAAGACAAUCAGAGGCAGCAUACAAGUGCCUCCACUGUACUGUUUCCUUUCCCAGAGUGUGACUCGUCUGCACGACGUCACCAAUGCGACCAUGGGAAAUAGCAGUAAAUAGGCUGCCACCAACAGCCCCCUUAAACCCGAGGAGGUUCCUUGGAGAGCCCUGCAACGCCCCAGUGCAUCUCAGGAGAAGCCCACCAGUGAGACGCCAGUGGGGGAGACGAGACAGGCCUGUACUGCACACUUCCCUGGUCCAGGAUGAGAACUUCCAUCACCUGCUUUUCUCCCAGCAUCACCAACAGGUUCCUUUAGAUGAGUCCAGACAAUACAGCCACACCAGCACACCACCACGCAUGCUUCACCCUGCUGCUCACCUGCCCCAGCAGAGCCCCAUCAUGGUGGAUCUACAUGACCAGAUGCACCAGGGAUCAGUUCCAAUAUCAUACACUGUUACGACGGUGACGACCCACGGAUUUCCCAUCCACACCGGGCAGCCCCUUCCAGGGUGCAACACUCAGCAGCUCCCAGCAUGCUCGGUAAUGUUCAGCGGACAGCUCUCUCUGCUCUGCUGCCUUCCUCCUCCUCUCAUACAGGCAUGUACGAUGCAGCAUAUGCCAGUGUCUUAUCAAGCCUUUCCACCCCUGAUCUCCAGCGAACAUUUUGUAUUGCACCCAACCCCAUCUGUACCCCCCCACCAGCCGCCUCACCUUACUCCUUUGAGCCAGUUUGUCCCUUUACAGCCUCAGCACCCACGCAUGCCUCUACAGAGGGUAGAGAAUGAAGUUGACCUAAGAGGGGACCAGCACCCAUUAGGGACCUUCUCCUACCCUCCCUCUCAUCACCCACCAGCGCUGCCUCCUUCUCUGCCCCUGCAGUAUCUUCCUCAAGAGCCUCUGCAUCAGGAGCUUCCCUUCGGAGUGCCAUAUCCCCACAUGUUGCCCCGGCGAGUAGGUGGUCAGAGAUACCGCUUGCAGCAACCCCUCCCUCCUCCUCCACCCCCUCCAUCUUACUACCCAGGCUUCCUCCCUUACUUCCUGUCAAUGCUUCCUGUGCCUCCAACUGCAGUGGGCCCAGCCAUCAGUCUAGACCUGGAUGUGGAUGAUGUGGAGAUGGAGAACUAUGAGGCAUUACUGAAUCUGGCAGAGAGGUUGGGUGAAGCGAAACCACGUGGACUCUCAAAAGCAGAUAUAGAGCAACUUCCGUCCUACAGAUUCAACUCAGAGAAUCAUCUAUCUGAACAAACGCUGUGUGUUGUGUGCUUUAGUGACUUUGAGUGUAGGCAGCUACUUCGGGUAUUACCUUGUAACCACGAAUUCCACGCCAAGUGUGUGGAUAAAUGGUUGAAGACCAAUCGCACUUGUCCUAUCUGCCGAGCCGAUGCCUCGGACGUACACCGGGAGGUGGAGUGAGAGCUGUCUCUGAGUGCUGAACUGGAAAGCUGCACAAACCAGAGUCUGUCCCAAAGCCGGGGACACCUGCCACCCAACCUGCGUCCUCCAGUAAAUAUAGCUUGCCAACCCACUACUCCUGCCCCCUUCCUAAAUAAUAAGCAAUCCAGGAUUGUUUCUGGAACCUGUUGUACCUCUGCUGUGCUUCAUGGUCUGAGUCUCAUGAAACCCACUGCCUAUUGCAGCCUAUAGCCAGAGUUCUGGGAUCGCCAGCCAGUUCUUUCUCUGCCCCCUCGUUGCAGAUUCCAAAGAUUUUCCCUACAAUGCAUUAUUUGCUGCUUUUGUUUACAGGGUUUCAUUUUUCUUUAAAGGAUUUGGUUGUGGUGUUCAUGAAUUGUGGGCAUCCAGCAUUGGAAGAGGUGAGUUGGGAGCCUGGAGGAUCAUAGGCUGGACACCUUGUGCAAUUAGCAGAAAAAUAAUAGGAAUACUUCAACAUGGAUAUCUGUGUUUGGAGGCGACGCCUGACCAUCAUAGAUGCAUGUUUGUGUAGGUGUUGGGCAAACUGACUUGUUAAUAAUGUAUGUUCUGCAAUAAUGUAUUGAUAAUUUCAACAGUUUUACCCCUUAUUUGUUAUAGAUUUUGCCAAUGCUAUUGUGAAAGUGUGACUUGCUAUGGUUAAAUGCAGAUUCUGUUAAGCCUGAGGUUAUGGGACAUGCAACUGUUGGGGUAUCUUCUACCCCAGAUUAUCCACUCUGGAACACAGAUCUGUACAAGAGCAGUCAUGGAUAAAUGGACUGCGUCUUUUCGAGGUCAUCUGGCAUAACUGCACAAGUGCUACAUCCACCCUCCACGUCGGCAUUGUUCCUCUGGCAAGUGUGUACGCGUGUGUGCGUAUUGUGCGUGUAUGUUUGUCCUGUUCACAGACCCAAUGCAUUGUGUAACCACUGGAUACAGGGCAGCAUGCUAGGAUUUGCAUGAACUGUUGAUUCAGACUAGCAAUAUUUUAAUCAAGCAUUGCCACCAAAAUUAUCAAAUUUUAAGAAAAAGAAGAGACAAAGAAGCAUACUAAAAGAACUGCUUGCUUAUUCAGAAAGCGCCAUGAGGGAAGACUAGCAUGUGGUUCCAACCUGACCGCGUUAAAGGAUGGGAGUCCUCGUCUGAAGGCUGUGCUGAUGCCAUAGACCUCUGGAGGCCUGUGCAGAAAGCAAUAUGUGCAGUGAGUGUCGAGUUUUAAAUGAACAUUUUCUUGCCCUUUUAGGACGACUGGGCUUUUUAUUUCUUUGUUUGUGAGCCAAAUCCAAUAUACAGAUAUAGCCUACUGUUCAAGAUUUCAGAUCUGCCUUCUUAUGACCUUGACAAGCACAAACCUAUUACUAAUCCUGAAAAUUACUUCCUCAUUUCCGCUUGUUUUAAUAGUAUGCCUUUUUUUUUUUUUUUUUUUUUU